AUGUCAGGGAUGGUGAUCUUAGCUAGGUUGUCUUCUAUUUACUCCGUUUGCAGCGAGUCAGCUGGAGUUGCCGGUAAAGCUUUUCUUCUUCUUCUUCCCUCUUCCUCUUCUCGUUCAUCAGAUGAACUUGAGCUUCAAUGUAUGGGAUGCCCUUCAUCUCUCCCAACAUUAUACUGGUUGCCACUGUCAAUUCCAUCGGAGCGAUCUUCUAGUUCAUCUACAUCACUAUCUUCAUUGCAUAUGCUGAUAAAUAUAAAAAGUAUUGCUUUUGUGAGCUUGAGAUUCCUCGAUUCGCACACUCGGCAGUUGUCCAUUGGAUACAUUAGUGUGUUCUCUCUUAUUUUCAUGUUUGCUUCCCCGGUUUUUAUCAUUGUACCAAAUGGAAUUGGAACAAUUCUGGGAGUCGUUCAAUUGGCAUUAUACUACCACUAUAGCAGCAAGUGUGACGAAAGCUCAAGAGAAUCCUUGCUAGUAUAUGCAUGAAUGAUAUAAGCUUGCAGUAAAAUGGGUGUGUGUUCAUGUUUAGCCAAUACUUCAUUGGCAUAGAGAGUGAUGACCUAAUUGGGCAUUGAAGGUAGACUAGAUCUUUUUUUAAAGAUGGCAAUACAUCAAAGAAGUUAUGUGUCCGCUGAAGUAAUGAACACCAGAGAUCUCUGCCCAAGGCAAAGUAAUUUUUCGCUUCAAUUGAAUCAACUGCAACUUUCUGCUGUCAUCUUUCCAAAUUUACGAGGCCAACACAUCAGUGUUGGUUGGCGGGCUUGGGACUGUAAAAAACCUUGAAAAUCCGAUGAAAG